AUGUUUGUGCAAUAUGUUCUCAUCUUCAUUGGCGAACAGGCGGAGAUUGUCGCAGAAAAGCAGCUUGAGGGUCGAUCUCUGGAAACCACAGACGAAGUGGGGAAUGAGUUCAAGGACGCUCCUCUGGUGCUCAAAGAACAUUUUGCAGCUGAGCUUUGGCCAGAGAUCCAGGGGACUGUCACUACAAAGUUUGCUACCAAGGAGCUGUUGUGUCUCGCAGAUCUUUACCAGGGUAUCAUCGCCAGCCGGCGAGCACGCAACAUUAUUGCAGAUCGCAGGCGUAUCAAAAACGCACAACAAAACCACAGAACACAUUGCGCGCUUAACUGCGGUAAAGAGAAACGAGCGGAUAAAGUUCUAGCCAACUUUGAGGCUUGA